UUUGCACAGCUUUCUUUAUUCCCUUGCAGCCUACGAAAACACAAUUCGUGUAAUGAAAAUGUAAGCUCUUUCUCAGUGACAGCAGUCUUUCUCGGUGUUCUGUUCCAGGUUAACUCUCCCUGACCCGGAGCUAGUACUCUGUCUCACUCAGUCAUCAUGAUGUCAUGAGCAGCUCAGCGUUGAAAACAAUGGCAGAGUCAGAAGAGGAGGUGGACGUUUUGGUCCAGAGAGUUGUAAAAGACAUCAACAACGCGCUAAAGAAAAACCCCAACAUUGAUGAAAUUGGUUUGAUACCUUGUCCAGAAGCCCGGUACAAUCGAAGCCCCAUAGUCCUAGUGGAAAACAAACUUGGUGUGGAAAGCUGGUGCAUAAAGUUUCUGUUGCCCUAUGUUCAUAACAAACUGCUGCUGUACAGACAAAGGAAAUUAUGGCUGGGCAAAGAUGCACUGAUAGAUAUCACUUGUACGCUACUGCUGCUGAAUCCAGACUUCACCACAGCCUGGAAUGUCAGGAAAGAGCUGAUUCAGAGUGGGGCGUUAAGUCCAGAGAAAGAUCUGUAUUUGGGGAAACUUGCUCUAACCAAAUUUCCCAAAAGCCCAGAAACAUGGAUUCACAGGCGCUGGGUCUUGCAGAGUUUAAUCCAGGAAUGCUGCCCCAGUAAGGCAUGUAAGGAGCGGAGUGGAGCGGUGGCCGUGACGGCAGCGCAGACAGAAAGACUGCAGAGAAUACUGCAGGAGGAGAUGAAGGCCUGCUCUGAAGCUGCAGGGAGAUACCCAAGCAACUACAAUGCCUGGUCACAUCGUAUUUGGGUGAUACAGAAUUUGGCAAAAGACAACAAAAAGGUUUUUCUUGAUGAGUUAUCUUCUAUGAAGUACUGGGUGUCCAUGCACGUUUCAGAUCACAGUGGCUUCCAUUACCGACAGUUUCUCCUCAAAUCUCUUGUUGAAGACCCUGGCUGUGUGUUGGACAAAACUGCCUCAGCACUGCAGUCAACUUCUAAUGAACACUGUGGUAGUCUUCCAAAAGAAGAGGCUUCAGCUGAGAUCCAGAGGACAGUGGUGCCAGACCUGUUUGAUGAAGAACUGGAGCUUUGCACUGACCUUAUUGAGUCGUACCCUGGCCAUGAAACACUUUGGUGUCACAGGCGGUAUGUAUUCUUCCUUUGGCAUCACUGGAAUCAUAAGCAAGGAUCACCAUUAAACAGCAGAGAUCGGCAAUUAGACAAUUCAUCGAGUGCUACCACUGGAGGCAAGUCGGCACAGGCCAUGGACGUGGAUGGCAUGAUGGACCCCAACAAGCAGGUCUAUACCCAGGAGACCAAGCGGCUGAAACGGGGCCCUCUGCAGGGCUGCCAAGGCCUGCCAACAGAGCACAGGUUCAUUACUAAAACCCUGACAGACUGCAGGAGCACAGAACAGGCCAGGUUUGCCAAUGCAUACCAGAAAUGGCUUGACUCUGUUCUAGGUCAAUAAUGGUGAAUUGUGGGGAGAAUUAUUAAUAUAUAACGCAAGAUUCCUCUUCAUAGUGAAAACCCAUGCCAGGUUUUUCUAAAAGCAGACAAUUCUGUAGCAGUGUGCAACCUCUGGAUUCGGUUCAGUGCACAAGUACCUCAGGUUUCUCAAUUCUUGACAAACAUUUUACCACUUCUACUGAACUGUCUGUAUUUUAUCAAAUCAGGCUAGCUCAUUUUCCUCUCUUUUUUCUAUAUUUUUUUAAAUGCAUUCUCUUUUAUUUAUAUAUAAAGUCUUCCAGUAACAAACACCUCUCUUAAGCAUCCUUGUAAGAGGGUCUUAUAUGUUUUUGUAAAUCUUCACUGCUGCUUUUUAACAGCUUCUGUUAAAUCUUUGAGAUACAGACUUAGAUAUUUCAGUGUUUUGGAAACACUUUGACCCUUUUGGUUUCCAGACAUUGACUUCUGCCCAAAGUAGUUGACUUAUUGAGGUUGUGCUACUUUAGUUGUGUGCAAGAUAGAGACAGACAUUAAUAUUUUGUCUUAAUAUUUGAAACAAAACUGUAUUAAAUUUAUCGCUCAAUGAAGUUCUGUUUUUUUGUUUUCCUGUAAAAUGAACCUUUUCACUAGCACUUUUUUUUUUUUAACCUGUGCCCAUAUAUCAAUGAUGGAAAACACACGCUUUGAGGUUGUGGUACAUGGCUUUAUUCUGUUUAUCACAGAGGCCAUGGUCCAAUGAAAAUGAACAAUUUUGUGGCUGUGUUUGUUUAUCAACCAUAUCUCAGAAAGCUUCUGAAACAUCUGUUUCUAUAUAUUUAAAUAGACAAAAUGUGCCAGUGAUCUGGAAAUUGACCACUGACUUUCUGUUUUGUGACUCUCUCACAUUUUUAGCUGAAAUAUUUCUUUCGCAGCUGUAUUCUGUAGUUUUCUCCAGCAGGGUUAAUCAUGGAGAUUACUGCCUUUUACUUUUUUGGCCCAAUUUUAAAACAAAUGCACACUUUAAAAUUCCAAGAGGAAUAAAAAAAAAAAAAAUCGUGUUGAACUUGUUUCUUGCUAGUUCUAUACUGUUACAAUUGCUUUUAUAUAAUAGCAUCUAGCAGAAACUGUGGUUUAGCACUUUUCUUGUCAGUCAUUUUUUUUUUUUUUGCUCCAACUGAACUAGACCGUAUUAACUAAUGAUGUUUUGACUACCAGAUAUUGUCACUUGGUUUUAUAUGCGAGUAGAAUAUAAUUUGUUUUGCAUGAGAAACUUGAUGAGUUGUGUAAAGCAACAUGAUAUACCAAUAUACCAAUAUGUAUAUCUGUUCCCAUAUUAUUUAUUAUUCAGUGCAAAACUAUUUAAUGUUUUCCUACUGAAAGAGUUCAUUUAAUCAGGUUAAUGGAGUAGGGAUGUACAUUUCCAUAUAUUGUAAUAAUCGAAUACUCCUAAUUUUCUAAACGGUUACACUGUUAUAGUGUGUGUGUGUGUAUAUAUGUGUGUAUAUAUAUAUAUAUAUAUAUAUAUAUAUAUAUAUACACACACACACAUCAUGCCACUGGUUAAAACUAAUUCUUACAUAAUAUCAAAAUUUAUUAUUAAAUUAUUAUUAUUAUUAUUAUAUUUUUUUAUUUUUUUAUUUUUUUUUUGGACAAUCGUGGUACUAUUUGCUUCAAUAAGUAGCUCUUCAUAUUAACAGGAAGUAUAAUACAAGUACAGAAUGCAUAAAGCCCAAGUUGUGCAUCAUUCCCAAACAGCACUAAGGGCAACAUAAUAAAGUACAGAUCAUAAUGAAUCAAUAAGUUAAGUCUUUAUUGGACAACCAUAAAAUAUAAAUAAAUGUUUACAUUAAGUAACAUCACAUCAUAUUAAAUUACCAAUAUGGUAUGACACCUUUCCAAGAGAUGGGGAUAAAAAAUGGUUUAGCAGGAUGGUAAAGGUGGAGGUGAUUAUUCAGCAUUACUUUUUUAAUUUUAAUUUUAUUUGACAUAGAUAGCACUUUAAUAUUUAUAAAAGGAACAUUACCUUCUAAUUGUUCUUCAAUGUGCCUGAUCAUCAUUCUUUUUCACUACACUAUAGACAUACCUUUUGAAAAAAAGUUAAUUAAAUUGUAUUUAAUAUUCCAUAAAACAACAUAUGUAAGUGUAUUCAGUAGCCAAUAAACAAUGUGGGCGACAUUUUACAAACAUUCAAGUCUCAUUGAAUAUGUUCUGCAAACAGUCUUUCAAAAUAGCAACUCUGAUCUUUAUUUUGAAAUCAUUCUUGCAAUCCAUUUUUGAUGGAGGAUAAACAGCAUUCUCAAAGCUGAACUAACUUUGAAAUCAAAGGAGUGGAGCUAGCUAAGCCCAAUUUUACAGUCUUUAUGUAUUAUUGAAUGGCUUUUCAUUUGUGAAGGGGAAUUGCGUACUCAAGUCUUAAGUCCUUUUCUUAACUGUGUUACAUUCACACUAUUUCAUCUCCACAUUCUCAAUGUUUGUGUGCAUGUUUUUUUUGUUUUGUUUGUUUUAGUAUUUAUUAAACAUUUAACAGCAGUAUUUACUCAAA